UGAGACUCAGUUAGAUGUAAGAGAUGAGUUGAGAUGUAUUUUUUCAAGAAUAUAUUUAUGGUGCUUUCUUCGACAAGUUUGCAUGAUUCCGAUAUCUCAGAAUCACAACAUGGGCUAAAUGAUAAACAUAUGGCAUCGCUGCUAGACGCCUGCCGACAAAUGGACUCAUGGUUUAUUAAGAAGCGCCUCGCACUAUCAACAUACUGUCAGGAAUAUGCUUUGAAAGAGGAGAUUGAUGCCUUGAAUGCUGAGUGCAUAAGAAAAGAGAAGCUCGCUCAGGAAUUAAAAGGAAGAAUAGAAGACUACUCAAAGUCUAUUCAAGUUAUUAUAGAUCAGUUCUCCAAAGACCUGCCAUAUUUUGCAUAAUGGACCUAAAUGUUGCUUUUUGGUUGCUGUGCCCUUUUACUGAGAUGCUACUUUUUACUUGUAUGAUUUCAAUACAUAUAUUCAAAGUAUAGCGUUAUUCAUUCAACUGUCAGUGGGUGUUCGUGGUAUUUUCAAGGUAUCGAAGAAUCACAUGAACUGAUUAUGUAUCAAAGUUUGGUCUUCAGAAUGAACUGUUGUAUUUGUCACUGAUUUAUGUUUUCCGUCGACUGGGUUUUUAGUUUGAGCACUGUUCUUGUGUAAGAUAAUGCCACGCUUCCGUACCCUAUCCUUCCGUAGGUACUGUGAGC